AUGUUUAACUAUAUACGCAAUUGCCGCAAGAAGUCACUAAAGUUAUUCACGAAGCUAGCUUUGCCCCGAAACCGCUUAGCGCGAUGGAUUGGACCGCCCUCGCAGGAAGUGACGAUAGCGUCACUUUCCAGCUCGACCGGGCUCCUGCCGCCGAAGAAGAAGAAGAAGAAGAAGAGGAAGAAGAGGAAGAGGAAGACCUGCCUCUCUUCGAGCCUCUACAGCAACUAUCUUCGCCAUCAGAGAUGCCUUCAUCGCCGCCGGUUACAGCUUCAUCAGCAUCAUCACCGCGGCUACCGUCUUUGCCGCCCGAAACCCCCUCCACGCCGUGCCCGAUACGGCCUCAACACCACAUAUCAGGGAUACAAAGGAUCACGGGCAUCAUCAGGCAAGGAAGGGCUACAUGAGAAGCCAGCCAAAGGGGCUGAAGAGACGCUAUCGCAGCUAAAUUUGUAUGAGGAACCGUCCAGCAAGGCGGCGGCCUUGGGAGCUUAA